AAAGUGAAGCACAUUGUGCAAGCCAUUGGAAGUUCGUCCGUCCAGAAAGGGCAAGACUUCUCGAAGCAAUAUUGCCCGAAUAGUAUUAAACCGGCUAUUUAUGGAUCAUACGGGGAAGUUUAUGCCGACCCCAAUGUGGAUAGUCUACAUCGGCACCCCGCACGCGUUUCCACAAGCAAAAACUGCCUGGAUGCUAUCGAGGCAGGCAAGCCCAUUCUUUGCGAGAAGGCCUUCACGGUAAACACCGCGAAACGAAGGAGGUCUUUGCACUUGCCAAAAAGAAGGGAGUCUAUGUUGCUGAGGCCAUGUGGCUCCGCCACCGACCUUUGGUUCAAGAUCUGCAGCGCAUGCUUCACAAAGAGAAGGUCAUUGGCGAGGUCUUCAGAGUCUACUCCGAGUUUGGCCUCGGGCUAGACAUCCCAAAUCUCCCAGACAGCUCACGCUAUAAGCAGCCCCAUCUUGGUGCAGGCUCGCUGUUGGACCUGGGCAUCUACACUCUGACGUGGGCUAUCCUGGGCUUAGAUGCAGGAACCCCUGGUUCUUCUGAGAAGCCUAAGAUCUUAGCUGCACAGUCGCACGAUGGUGCCGUCGAGGUCACAACCAUCGUUACAUCGACGACAAUGGCGACUGGAAACCCGAAAGUAUUGGCACGCAUUCAAGGGGCCAAAGGCACAAUUGAGGUGCACGGCAUAGUUCCAUCUGAUCCAGAUUCUUUCACUGUGUACUCCACGUUUGAGAGAGACCAGAUCAAGGGCAUCAUCGGAGGUGAUGCAGUCAAGACAUUUGACUACAAGCCAGUUGGACGAGGUUAUUACUGGGAAGCUGACAACGCUGCACUGGACGUGCUGGCCGGUAAACUGGAAAGUGACGUGAUGCCUUGGGCAGAGACCGUCCGCGUGAUGGAGAUGAUGGAUGAGAUCCGACGACAGGGGGGACUGUAUUCCUCAAGACGAGUAGUGAGGACUAGUUUUCAGAGUUUGUGCCGUACGUUAGACAGCGAGCAACAAAGACCUGCCUUUCAAGAAUUAUGGUUCAACGUGGAACAAAGUGUGGCAGGAGCUACAUGUAGGAACAUACACAAUCAAGAUAUAAGAGACACUGCCGGCAUCGACAGAAUAUCAAAGCUGCAACUAUCCUAGCUUCGUCAUUCUGUUGGUUUUCUUCUCGUCCCGAUGUUCG